AUCCGUAUCUGUGACGAGUGCGACGUUGCCGUACCGCGCGCGUUGUUCACGUGACGGGGCCGCGCCGGCCUCCAGUCGCCGCGAGACGGGGCCGCGCUGUGCACGACACGAUGCCUCUACCAUUCAACAAAGCGUUGGAUUUGAAGCUACUCGAGCUGGUGAAGGACAACCCUAUUCUAUACAACUCGAGGCACACGAAGUACGUGGACUACGACGCUAGGGAGGUCGUUUGGCAGAAGAUUGGCGAUGCGCUGAAUAGGCCUGGACAAGUAUGCAAAUCGCGAUGGAUCAACAUCAGAGAUAUGAUGCGGAGGAAGGUGAAGGAGCGGCUGAGGAACCCUCACCACCGCAUAUACAAUUACAAGUACGAGGAGGAGCUAGCGUUCAUGCUGCCCUACUUCAAGGAGCCCGCCUCCAACACCAGCGAGGAAUACCCCGACUUCCUAGACGAGGAAACUGGUCAGUUGACGGAAGUGGAGAUGCCGUCGACUGUGUUCGUCGACGAGAAUGAAUACGACUCUACAGAUACGAAAGAGGUUAAAUUGAACGUGAGAAGGCGUAAUCAAGAGGGGUCCGGCUCAAAAGAAAAUGAUACUGUUUAUACGGAAUUGAACCCGACAGACCCCAUAGACGUGUUCUUAAUAACAGUUGGUACAACGCUAAGGAAGUUCUCACCGUAUUAUUUGAACCAGGCGAAGAGUAAGAUCUUCCAAGUGGUACAGGAUUACGAGCUCGAGCAAAUAGUCAACAAGGACGCCCAGACGGACACGGGCGGCGGGAAUACUAACAGAUAAAACUGUAUUUUUUUUAUAAACAUAAAUUUUUUUUAGUUAUUUAGUAUAAGUGCUGUUAAGAGUUUAUUAUUAUAUAUUUUUAUACUGCUAA